UAUGUCCAAAGUGCUCAAGUGUGCUGGGAAUGAUGACAUCAUCACCCUGAGAGCUGAAGACAAUGCUGACACACUGGUUUUGGUAUUUGAAACACCAAAUCAGGAGAAGGUUUCAGACUAUGAAAUGAAAUUAAUGGAUUUGGACGUAGAACAGCUUGGAAUUCCAGAACAAGAAUACAGCUGCGUGGUGAAAAUGCCUUCGGCUGAAUUUGCCCGUAUCUGCCGCGACCUCAGUCACAUCGGAGAUGCCGUUGUAAUCUGCUGCACAAAAGAUGGUGUCAAAUUUUCCGCCACAGGAGAACUUGGGAGUGGAAACGUCAAACUGUCGCAAACCAGUGUUGUUGAUAAAGAGGAGGAAGCUGUAUCAAUAGAAAUGAAUGAAGCUGUCCAGCUGACUUUCGCUUUGAGAUAUUUGAAUUUCUUCACCAAAGCUACACCUUUGUCUCCCACAGUUAUACUCAGUAUGUCUGCGGAUGUUCCCUUAGUUGUGGAAUACAAGAUAGCAGAUAUGGGACAUUUGAAAUAUUAUUUGGCCCCAAAGAUUGAAGACCAAGAAGAAUCGUAGGAAAUUAAGGGAGGGUGGGGAAUUUGAUUUUGUGAGGCUGGUAGCCCCCCAGUGUUCCUUUCAGUUGCUCAGUCUUGGUGCGCCAGAUGCACUUAGAUUCUAUUGUAGAUAUUUCCAUGUAAAUACUUCUCCUUUUUAUUAUGCGAGUACCUAAAAUAGUUGUAGAAGCUUUUUGUUUUAUUGUUCAGCUUUUAAUCCUUUUCGUAUGAAAGUGAUUGUGGUAUUUAAAAACGAAUAACUUCUGUGUGUGAGGAGCCUUGGGACCCUUUAGAUGCCAUUUAUCCAUAACGACUCUGUAUGAGAAUCGGAAUUUUGCAGUAUUUUUCACCCUAUUAGUUGAAACAAGGACUGCAAAAAGAAAUGUUUGGAAGGGGAAAAAUGUUCUUAUGGCUUACCUGGAAAUGGAAAACUUCGAAAACGAAUACUUUUCAAUAAAGAAUAUUUCAUUUUU